GCGCUCGUUCGCUGGUGUGGACGCUAAUCUUUAUAGUUAUCGUUCUUGGUAUAUUUAUAUUGUAUAAAUAUAGUCGCGACGGGCUACUUUAAGUUUUGGACAUGUUAAAACGACAAAGAAACGAAUGAAUGAGAAAAAGAGCUGAAAACGGCUCGAUAUUAAAAUGAGUUAAGCUCAACAAGCCGCUAAAAGAGCAGCCAUCUUUUCCGUCCUGGCACGUAGGCCUAUUCACGUAAACACAUCAAUAUCAUUGUAUAAUGCUCAGAUUUUUCUGGUACCAUUUACAAAGUAAAGCAACAGCACUUUUGCAAAAGAUAGCCCUAUAUGGGGGAGUCUAAACCUGAACAAACAAACAGUUGAUGAUAAUGUCUUUCAAGUGGGGCCAAUUGAUUGUGUUAAUUUCACUUCAAUCCAGCUAAAACUCGUCUGAGAGUUUUGGCUCAACACUGUGCCAAAGAGGCCAGAGUCCGGCCUCUGGACAAACAAUCAAACAUUUAAUCUGUGAGGUCAUAGGUUCACCACCAGCUGCAGACCAGUGGACAGAUCAUUUGUUUUUCAUUGUUGUAGUAGUCAAAGCCCAGAAAGAUUCUCCACUAGCUGCACAAGGUAUCACAGGAUGGAAGCUGGGAAUUAAUGCCUCUUAUGCUGACAUGGUUUAUAACAGCACACCAGGAAUGGAAGGAAAAACCAUUCAUCUCGCUUAAUCGGAUAUUGAAGCAUUUUUCUCAGAACAAAGCAUUGUGUAACAGAUUGUGGCUGGAUAUUAAGUGGAUUCCAGGCUUCUUAGGACAACUAACUGAAGAAAAGGUACAAAAUGCAUUGAAAGCACGCAGAAAGAGAAAGAAUGAUUUUGAACCCAGUGAAGAAACUAACCAGCAGAAACAUCUCACUCAGCUGAUUUCAUCAUGUUGAUCAGUAAAGCCAUGGCUUGGAAAUGGAUCAAGACUUUUGUUUAUUUGUCAAUGUGCAUCACCUCUGCUGUGGGUAACGAGGAAACAUCCCCAAAGUGUGCCGACUUCAACAACACCACUUGGCUGGAAUACAGGCAGGGCACCAAGCUCCAGGUUCAGUACCUUCUUCUUACACGAAAGAAUGCAGACUGCGCCAGCCUCUUCACACAGGACUGCCUCAACCAUACUCCGAAACACACGGCUUACUUCAACUCAUCCCUCCCCACUAAAGUCAUUGUUCAUGGAUACAGGGCUCUGGGCAGUAAGCCUUCCUGGGUGAGUGGCUUAGCCCAGGCUCUACUGCGGGAAGAGGACGUGAACGUUCUGGUGGUGGACUGGGUCUAUGGAGCCUCCUUUGCUUAUAACCUGGUGGUAGAGAACUACAAGGAGGUGGCAGUGCAGAUAUCAGUGCUUAUCAAUCAGCUUACGAAAUAUGGAAGCACGCUGGAAUCUUUUCAUUUCAUUGGUGUGAGUCUUGGAGCACAUGUGUCUGGAUUUGUAGGGACCCUAUUUGAAGGCAAGCUGGGUCGAAUUACAGGUCUGGACCCAGCAGGCCCAAUGUUCAAGAGUGCUGAUCCAUUUGACCGUCUGGAUUCAUCUGAUGCUUUGUUUGUUGAGGCCAUACACACUGACUCUGACUACUUUGGUAUAUCUAUUCCUGUUGGGCAUGUGGACUUCUUCUUAAAUGGCGGAAUGGACCAAGCUGGUUGUGCACGCUCAAGGUUUGCUUCAAUUUUUAUCUACUUUCCAGUGUAUGGUUAUGUCAUUUGUGACCACAUGAGGGCACUGCACGUCUACAUGAGCGCCCUGAACAGCUCCUGUUCCCUUAUUGGUUUCCCCUGCCCCAGUUAUGAGGGCUUCCUGGCAGGAAAAUGCGUCACCUGCGAGGGCCCCUUCAAUGGCACAUGCCCGCAAAUAGGCUUGUUAAAAAAUAGUGGGAUAACAGCUAAUCCCCUGCCAAAUCAAGAGAAGGCCUAUCUCCUGACCACUGCUACGGCUCCUUAUUGUGCGCAUCACAUCCUAGUGGAAUUGAAGGUUUCCCCUUUAGACAAGACUGCUGAUGUUCAGCUCACCCUGAUCUCUGUGGGACACCCAGAGACAGAGCUGAAACUCAAACUAAAUACAGAUGAAUUGGUGCAUAAAAAGGUGGCUGCACACCCAGAGCAACUGUGUAAAAUUGACUCCGUGCAGAUGAAAAACACAGGAGCACGAUUCUACAGACAAGGAGAUAUUCAUUUUGAGUAUAUCUGCAUCUCUGAAGUCCCUCGAACCAGAGGGCUGGAUCCAUUAUGUGUGAAGAACAUUAAUAUUGGACGGGGAGUGCCAUGGUCACACGACUUUGUACAGUUGUGCUAAAUUAAAAGAACAACACAAAAUCUACUUAAGAGAGCUUGUACAGAGUGUUAGUGAAAUAUCAGCCAAGAGGAAUCAAGUCAGUCAUUCAACACUCAGUAGUUCUUUUGUGUGUUGAAAGUAUUGGUUCAUUAUCAAUGAUUAAAAUGUUUGGAGUGGUGCAAUACUCAAGGUACUUUUCAUUAUUUUGGCACUCUUGAUUAGCAUCUCUAACUGCAUAGGGCAUUCUUGAUAUUAAAUAUUCAAAUCUGUUCAUUUACAAUUAGUGAUAAGUCACAUUUUGAACCCAGCACUUAACAAUUGGCCCCAUGAAAAUACAUUUUCAUCAAAUGGUCAGUGUACAGUCUCAGAAAAUGAUGCUGAAGCAUGUACUAACUUCCUAUUAUGAUAAAGCACACACUUUUGUAAU